AUGGUGGCUACACCAAGCAAGCAGGCUGGGGCAUCGGGCAGCACGAGUCGACCCAAGAAGGCGUCUGCAAAGGCCGGGCUGGUUGGUACACCCAGCAAGCCGGCGGCCGCGGACGAGGAUGUGGUUCUGAAGCACAGCAAGCCGUUCGGCCAGGAAGGUGACGAUGACUCGGACGUCGAUCUUGGCGACGAAACGUUUGCUACUGCUCCAGCUAUGGAUGAGGAUGACGAGCUUAUGAUCGGUACCUCGACCGCUCCGCCCGCCACGCCUUCUGCAUCGACCGAGGAGUCGAAGCCGUCGUUCAAGCCGCUCGGGUCUGCAUCACUCACGGCUGUUGCCAAGGGACAGCUUCGCAAGAUCCCCAUCCCUCCUCACCGCUUGACGCCACUGAAGAACGAGUGGCACAAGAUCUACACGCCCCUCGUCGAGAUGGCUUCGCUCCAAGUACGAAUGAACGUCGGCAAGAAGUGCGUCGAACUCAAAUCAUCACGAUACACCACCGAACAGGGCAUGCUUCAAAAGGGCGCCGAUUUCGUCAAGGCUUUCGCACUCGGAUUCGACGCCGACGACGCAAUUGCCCUGCUGAGGAUGGACGACCUCUUCAUCGAUACGUUCGAAAUCAAAGACGUCAAAACGCUCCAGGGCGACAACCUCUCCCGUGCCAUCGGUCGAAUCGCAGGCAAAGAUGGAAGGACCAGAUUUGCGAUCGAAAACGCCUCGAGGACAAGACUGGUGAUUGCAGAUACAAAGAUCCACAUCCUAGGCAACUUUGCCAACAUCAAAAUCGCCAGAGACGCCGUCGUCGCCCUCAUCAGAGGUAGCCCCCCCGGCAAGGUGUACGCCAACCUAAAGACCAUCGGCGCUCGUCAACGUCAACGUGCUUAA